AUGAGUGAAGCCCUUUCCCUCCUACUUCAGAGGAGACGAUAUGUGGCUGUUCACCAAUCCAGUCGUCAAGUGGUUGCUGAUGUUCUUAAAUCCUGUGCUUCGACAUCAAAGGCCGAUCUUGGGAGAUCUUUCCACGGUCAUGCCAUUAAACUGGGGCUUAACUAUUGCUGCAUCAUCACAAAAGCUUUACUCAACAUGUACGCCAAGUGCAAAGCACUCGAUGACUGCAAGAAGCUGUUUGAUGAAAUCCCUGAUCGUGAUACCGUCACUUGGAACAUUCUCUUGUCCGGGUAUUCCGGUUCAAGGUAUCAUGAUCAUAGGGUGAUGGAGCUGUUUAACACGUUCCAUGCCGCUCGGGAUCCCAAACCCAGUGAUGUCACUCUUGCCAUUGUUCUUCCUGUAUGUACGCGCUCGGGCGCUCGGGGUUUUGGAAAGUGCAUUCAUGCAUAUGCCAUGAAGUCUGGAAUGGAGUCACAGACACUGGUAGGGAAUGCGUUAAUCUCGAUGUACGCCAAAUGUGGUCUCGUUUUCGAUGCACGUGCUGUCUUCCGUGAAAUUACUGACAAAGAUGUUGUUUCGUAUAAUGCUGCAAUUUCAGGUUUAGCCGAGAAUAGGCUUGAGGGAAGUGCGCUUGAACUCUUCUGUGAGAUGAUUAAAGGGCCUGUGACGCCUAAUUAUGCUACCAUUGUGAAUAUUCUGCCGAUCUGUGCUACUUUGGGUAAAAGUAGCACUGCCGGUCGGAUGCUUGGAAAACAGAUACACUGUCAUGUGCUGAGGCGAGCCGGGCUUGAUAAUGAAAUCACAGUGAUUAAUGCUCUGUUGAGCUUUUAUUUGAGAAUUGGGAGAAUAACUGAAGCAGAGUCUUUGUUUGGAAGGAUGGAAUUCAGGGAUUUGGUUAGUUGGAAUUCAUUGAUUUCUGGGUGUGCUUCGACUGGACAAUGGCUGAAGGCAUUAGAGAUUUUCCGCGAAUUUGUUGAUAAGAAGGCGAUUGAGUUGGAUUCUGUCACCAUAAUCAGCAUAAUUCCUGUUUGUGCUCAGCUACGUAACCUGAAAGUGGGAAAAGAGAUACAUGGAUAUGUAUUGCGGCAUAGCGUUUUACAUGAGGAUACGUCCGUUGGAAAUGCUCUGAUAAACUUUUAUGCUAAAUGCAAGUGCACCGAAUCAGCCUUUUGGGUAUUCUCACUUGUUCUCCACAAAGAUUUGAUAUCGUGGAAUACCAUGCUCGAUGCAUUUGGAGUAAAUUUACUCGCAGAUCAAUUUGCUAACCUCUUACAUUGGAUGUUUUUGGACGGGAUAAAACCUGAUGCAGUUACUUUACUGACAGUGGUCCAUUUCUGUGCUAGCCUUUCCAGAAUAAGAAAUGUUAGAGAAGCCCAUGGAUUUUCUUUGACAUCCGGUAUUCUGCUUACUGACAAUGAACCCACUCUUGGAAAUGCAUUGCUUGACGCGUAUGCCAAAUGCGGAUGUAUGGAGUACGCAUCGAAAAUGUUUGUGAAUUUAUCUGGGAAGAGGAAUGUAGUUACGUGCAACUCAAUGAUUUCGGGAUUUUUGGCUCAUGGUUUGCACGAAGAUGCAAAUACUGUAUUUCAGAGGAUGUCCACAAGGGAUCUCACUACUUGGAACCUCAUGGUGCGUGGUUAUGCUCAAAACGAGUGUCCUAACGAGGCUAUUAAUUCGUUCUGGGAGUUACAGAGUCAAGGAUUGAAGCCAGACGCUAUGACUAUCAUGAGCAUUCUUCCGGUUUGUAGCCAAAUGGCUUCGGUUCAUUUUCUAAGACAAUGUCAUGGAUACAUAGUAAGGGCUUGUUUUGAGGAUACCCAUUUAAAAGCUGCCCUUUUAGACGUUUAUUCAAAGUGUGGGAGCAUAAGUAGUGCGUAUAAGCUUUACCUGUCAGCUCCUUUCAAAGAUCUUGUAGUCUUCACGGCCAUGGUCGGAGGAAUGGCCAUGCAUGGAAUGGGGAAGGAAGCUUUAGGGGUCUUUGACAAAAUGCUUGACUGUGGCUUUAAACCGGAUCACGUCAUCUUGACCGCCCUUUUGUCCGCUUGCCGACAUGCAGGGCUUAUUAACGAAGGACUUGAGAUUUUUUAUUCGAUAUCACAGGUGCACCAUUUAGAGCCGAGCAUGGAGCAGUAUGCUUGUGUGGUGGAUCUCCUCGGUCGAGGAGGACAAACUAAGGAAGCUUUAUCCUUCCUAAAUCAAAUGCCUGUUGAAGCUAAUGCUAAUAUAUGGGGAACACUUCUUGGGGCUUGCAGGACCCACCAUGAUGUGAAGACAGGUCGGCUCGUGGCAGAACAUCUCUUGAAAAUCGAUACUGGGGACAUUGUAUAUGUUGAACUAUAA